UUGGGAGAUUAGAGUUCAUUAAUUAAAUCCUGUGCUUAGAUCGAACUGUAACGUUAUUCCAAUCACAUUUAUCUUGCAGGCUGCAGAGGAGACGGCAGCCUCGCUGGAAACGCGCUGGGGAGCCUGAGCCGGCGGUCGGAGACGCACGGCGCGCAGCUACAUCGCCACGCCGCCGCGCAGACCCUCCAUCUUCCUGUUCAGCCUCCUGGCCCGCUUGCCCCUGCCUUGGGGGCCUGGCUUCUCUCUGGGGCUCCUGCCCGCCCCUACGCCCUGGCCCUCCGCGGCUCCCCUGCUCGGUUCCCUCCCCACCCCACCCCCGGCACAUACGCUGACACGCGCGCGCGAACACUCACACACACACACUCACACACACUGACACGCCAGCGAGCUGCUGGCCGCUCAAUGGACCGCUUUCCCCGCUUUUCCUGAUCCCAACACAGCCCGGGAUGAGAAAUUGCAAAAUGGCCCGGGUCGCCAGUGUGCUGGGGCUGGUUAUGCUCAGCGUCGCCCUGCUGAUUUUAUCGCUCAUCAGCUACGUGUCCCUGAAAAAGGAGAACAUCUUCACCACUCCCAAGUAUGCCAACCCGGGGGCGCCCCGAAUGUACAUGUUCCACGCGGGAUUCCGGUCACAGUUUGCGCUGAAGCUUCUAGAUCCGUCAUUUGUGCCCUUUCCGCAUUCUCUGACUCAUGAACUCCAAGCCAGACCUAAGUGGACAUUUAAUCGGACAGCGUUUUUACAUCAAAGGCAAGAAAUUCUUCAGCAUGUCGAUGUAAUAAAAAAUUUUUCUUUGACCAAGAAUAGUGUUCGGAUUGGACAACUGAUGCACUAUGAUUAUUCCAGCCAUAAAUAUGUUUUCUCUAUUAGCAAUAACUUCCGAUCGCUGCUUCCAGAUGUGUCACCCAUUGUGAAUAAGCAUUAUAAUAUUUGUGCUGUGGUUGGAAAUAGUGGGAUCCUGACAGGGAGCCGGUGUGGACAACAAAUAGAUAAGUCAGAUUUUGUUUUCCGUUGCAAUUUUGCCCCUACGGAGGCUUUCCAAAGAGAUGUUGGAAGGAAAACCAACCUUACCACCUUCAACCCCAGCAUCCUGGAAAAAUAUUACAACAAUCUUUUGACCAUUCAGGACCGUAACAACUUUUUUCUCAGUUUAAAAAAGCUCGAUGGGGCCAUUCUUUGGAUCCCUGCAUUUUUCUUCCACACUUCAGCAACUGUUACCAGGACACUAGUUGACUUUUUUGUUGAACACAGAGGUCAGUUAAAGGUCCAACUGGCUUGGCCUGGAAAUAUAAUGCAACAUGUCAACAGGUACUGGAAAAACAAACAUUUGUCACCCAAACGGCUGAGCACAGGUAUUCUUAUGUACACCCUUGCGUCAGCAAUAUGUGAAGAGAUCCACUUGUAUGGAUUUUGGCCUUUUGGAUUUGACCCCAACACAAGGGAAGAUCUUCCAUACCAUUACUAUGACAAAAAAGGAACCAAAUUUACUACCAAGUGGCAGGAGUCCCACCAGCUGCCUGCUGAGUUUCAGCUGUUGUACCGAAUGCACGGGGAAGGGCUCACCAAGCUGACUCUGUCACGCUGUGCCUAAGGACUGCGAACAGGAAGUGCCAAAUGGCUGAUUUAAAGUGCCCCAACUCACACUGAAUAGACGACAGAAUAGAACCCUAGAGAAUGUCUUAUAAGGAUGGUCUGCCACUUAAAAGGAAAGAUGUCUUCUCUCCCCCUUUUGCACUGCUCUUUUAAGGGUCUUAGCAGGACAGAUGCUUGGAAGCCACCUGACUUAAACUUGAUUGAUAAAGGGAAUGUUGCAUUUGGAACUAUGCUGCUAACGAAAUGGUCUGAAGUAUUUUCAUGUUUGUAUUUUAAUAAUAAACUGCCUCCCAUUUUUUAUGAGGAUUAGGGCUGUAGUUUCUGCAGCUUUGCUCAGAUACAGCCCUCGUAAUCAGAGGCCUCUGGCCAACUUGAGCAGGAUUUCAGUUUUGCCUGGGUGGGAUCAGACUCUUUAAAAUGAUAACAUAAAAGACUGGCUUGCGUAUAUUGUCUCUCUCUCUCUCUCUCUCUC